AACAGACAUGGAAGCACCUGGUGAAGACCUCCACAGUCACUGAGCACUGCACUCGCUCUUUGAACUGAUCUUCAUUGUCGAUACACACUAAAGCCUGCGCCUUUGUUCUCCCUGGAGCUCCACCGGGACCCCUGAAGUCCAGGGCACUGAUUCCCUCACCAGCUUGCGUGGCAGUCUGGAAUCACCAAAGCUGAUGAGGAUCUACUGACUUGACCAGUUUUGUUCCCAUUUUUACUUUUGCAAGCGGAAAGAAUGUCGGAAAGGGCCGAUGAUGACGUCAGGGGGGAGCAGCAGCAGCAGCAGCGCAGAGCGGCCAGGCAGCUGAAGCAGCAGCCACACUUCCAGCGGGGAGAAGCCUCCACAGCAAUGGCGACUGUUGCGGAGCGCAGAUCCCUGCCUAGUCCCGAAAUAAUGCUGGGACAGCCUUGGAGCAGCUGGGUCGACGCUGUGAAACUCUACGGGAGCGACGGUACAGAAUUGGAAGAAAGUUUGAAAGAGUGCGGGAAAAAUCGCGAAGCCAUGAGACUCUGCAGAGACGACAUGCCCAUCUUCGGCCAGUGUCCUGCACAGGAUGACUUCUACCUGGUCAUGUGCAGCCAUUGCAGUCAGGUAGUGAAACCCCAGGCCUUCCAAGCACAUUACGAGAGAAGACACAGCUCCAGCAGCAAGCCCCCAUCCAGCUAUGCCAGCUCCCCUGCGUUCGCAAACUCUCGAAGUAAGAGCAGUCUUGGGAGCAGUGGAAGCACACUGGCUCGUCCCUCCAGCGCAAACAGCAGUGUCCCCACGAAAAUUUUCAAAUCUACCAAAGAGAAGCUGCCUCACCGGAAGCCUCACUUCCCUUUUAGGGUGCCGUCAGAGGAGAGCCAAAUCCCUACCCUCAAAGUAGAGAAGGUCCAUCUGAAGGUGGAAUCUUCAGCCAAACUCCCCCAUGUACCCACCUCUUCUUCCACUUUCUCUUCCUCUUCCUCUUCCUCCAAUACUGUGAGCACCUCUCCCCUAAAGUCAGGCCUUAACUUCCCUUCCAUACCAAAGGCUCCACAGCUAGCCCCUGGCCAGAUCCCCAAUGGAAAGGGCCACCAAUCGUCCCAAGACAAGAAACAGGACAAUGCCAGUAGCAGAAAACUCUUGAACAAGAGACAAGAGCGAGAGUUUAAUCCAGAUAUCCAUUGUGGGGUUAUGGAUAUGACAGCACGUAAGCCAUGCACAAGAUCCUUAACAUGCAAGUCACAUUCCAUUAGCCAGAGGAGGGCGGUGCUUGGACGGCGGCAACGCUUUGACACGCUGCUCGCUGAGCACAAGAGCAAAACACGUGACAAGGAGCUGCAGUUCAGGUUGGACCCCUCACACCCAGCACCCCCUCUCAGGGACCCUCACCCUCCCCCCUCCCGCCUCUCACAAGACCCUCACCCGGUUUCCCAUGGCAAUGGCACUGCUGAUGCCACCAAGCCUUUGCCACCCAGCAAACCCAAACCUCACAAUUCUGGGCUUCCACGAAUCAACAGCAGUAACUCUCACAGUGGAGGAGACCUAGCCAUGGCCCACGACCAGGUCCACCACCCUCACCCGGCCCCUGUCGGUCCCGAGACAAGUCGUGUGUCCAGCGACGAGGGGGAGAAUGAGGAAAGAGAGGAGGCCACAGAGAAACUGGACUGCCAUUAUUCAGGUUACCACCCACGACCAGCUGCUUACUGCACUUUUGGAAGUCGAUUGUACGGUAGAGGUUGUUUUGCAUUCGACCGGCGCUGGGAUCAAGUACGGUGUGCUCUGACCACCAUGUUGGACAAGCAUGUCAACUCCCAAAUGUGGAAGAAAAUCCCACUGGCUUUGGAAAACUCUGCAACUGCACCAUCAGCCUCUCACCGGUCAAGCACAAACUCCCAUUCUUCCUCAUCCUCCUCCGUAUCCUCAGGCUUCCUUGGCCUGUCCUCACCGCCGCCUUAUGACAGUAAGCCAGUUCUGUCGUACGGCACCACCCUGAAUGCUCGCUCCUCUCCGCAAGCCUCUGCCACCGAGCAACCUGCUUACAGUGGCUCUUCUAGACAAGUGUCAGCCUCAUCACCCCAGAUGCCUUCAGCCCACUCGUCCUCGCUACCCUCGUUGGGCUCCAACCGAAUUCCUAAAUCCCGAUCUGGAACAAAGUCCUUCAGGGCUCGAGAGCCUUCCUCUAGCCUAAGCAACUCUAUCAUCAAGGGCAGUACUAAUAGCAGUGUUAGCGUCAGUAGUAGUGCGAGCAGUAGCCUCAGUUCGGGCAAGAAACGGAAAACAAGUUCCCUGCUAACAUCCCAUAGCACUUACCCCUCAGAAUCUUCCUCAUCGUUUAAGAAGAACUGUACGAUAAACUCGGCUAGCGUGGGCAGCGCCUACCAUUCCUCGCUCGCAUCAACUCCUUCUUCAACCUCAUCAUCAUCAUCGACAACGUCAUCAUCCCAUAGCGGGGUGUACAGUGUAGGGGUGAAUUGUACCCCAGGCAGGGCCAACUCUCUGAGCUUAAAGCAGGAGUCGACAGGACGAGGCCCAUCUUCAGGAAGCCCGGCUGAAUCUAUUAAACGCAUGAGUGUGGUGAUGAACAGCAGUGACUCCACGCUCUCGCUUGGACCGUUUGUUCAUCAGAGCAGUGAUCAUCAUACUGAUGCUCGUCUGGAAGCCAAAAGGAGGAAGGGCUCGCCCGGAUCAAGUAGCCUCAACAGCAUAGUGUCUGGAACAGGAGUGGGAGGUGGACAAGGUCCUGGCAGGCCCAAAAUGGCCAAAUCUCCAUCAAUCAACAACAUCCACAGCAAACACGCUCGCUCUAUACCUGGACCUCCAGGGCUGCCCAAUAAUUCACUCAUACAUCAGCCAAAGGCUCGUCCCUGACACAGGUGUGGAGGCUCUGAGCAGUAGGCUGGACCCAGAGCUCCCUCAGCCCCCUCACGCCACUCUGCACGAGGCCUUGUUUUUUCUCUUACUCUUCCCACAAUCCUCAGGGUGGAACGACACUGGGUGGCCCAUUGAUGUCCUUCAUGGGGAUCUCCUCCCAAAGCCAUGCAGGGGAUAAUAAGCCAGAGCGACACAGUUCUCCUGUCGGAGGUCAAAAUGAAUCUAUACAAUGCACCACUGGGUACAACGCCUGCUGCGCCGAGCAUAAGCUGCCCGAGCACUCAUGAUGGCUGGGCUCUGAAGGUACAGAUUUGGGCUAGUACGUAGCCUCACCAACACUACCAUGCAUAGGACGGAUAAUGCGAUGAGCUUCUUUGGGAAGCUUGGACAAACAAGAAUACUGGAAACUGAAAUCCUACUCAGCCUUGGAGGAAGUGUACAGGAGAGGAACAUCCCUACAGUAGACACACAAUCAACUAAAAUCAUGACACACUAGCCCUCCAUGGAAGGCUCCGUUCAAUCCAUUGAGCAGAUACACAUGACAGGAGUGGAGUUUCAACACGAGCAAACCUACAAUUAUGCAAACCUUGAUUUUUUUUUUUUGUUUGUUUACAGGCUUGGAAUUGUAUGGCAAACAGAUCAAAAUACCAUUAAUCCUACAACUUUUGUUUUUCAUUACUUUUGGAAAGUAUACGUCUAACUUUAGAUUAGAUUCUGGGUUUAUUGCAAGGGAAUUUUUAUGGAUUUCAGGCAACUUCAAAGAUGCUAAAGGAGAGUUUUAUUUUUAUUGCAGUUUCUUUUUUUGGAAUUGAACAAUUGGGAUUGAACUCCAACGUCCUGCAUUAGCUAAAGCACUUGCUUUUUUUUAUUUAUUUUCAUUACAUUCAUUUAGAAUUAUUUCAGCUUUGUGUCAGUAGCCUAGUAUGUCUUUACUGAAUAUCUGAGCAACAGUCAUCUCUAAGCUCUUAAAACACACUCUAGAAAACACUGUUUUAUUCUUAAGGUGUGUUCACACUUGUAAGUUUGGUUCUCUAGAUUAAUUUACCAAAAAAAGAAACUGACGCAUUUAAGUCCUGUUUCGCUAUCUAUGUAAGACCGAAACUAAAGAUGUAAAACCAAAACUUGUGGCUAUUAUUGCCUACAUUUUGUGAAAUAUCCAAAACAGUGCUGUGUUCUGGCCUACACAUACAUUUUUUGUUUAUUAAUUGUUGAUUUAAUCGGUGAAGAGUUUAUAAUAUCUUUAAAGGUGAGCUAGGAUAAGUAUUACCCACAUCUGUAUUAAACUAUUAUUGGCAACACUGAUUGUCAAGUAAAAAAAAAUAGGAAAAACAUCACAUCAUGUUUUUAUAUGUAUACAUUUUGUGUUUAUAUUUACUCAAAGCGCAUAAUAGUUUGUUUGGAAGUGGACCGAGACCUCUUUUCAGUCUGCUUUUUUAAGUGCGCACCAAAGUUUGGAAGACAGCAUUUACACUUCAUUCAAAUCGCUUUAACCCGAACCAAACCUGCCAAGUGUGAACACCCUUAAAGGUGCACUAAGCAAUAUUUGAGAAACACUUUUGACCAGUGUCAGACCAAGCCUAUAAACACGCUUGCAGCCUAUCUGCAGUAAGGGGCGUGUCUUAUGAUAGCAGAAAUGGUACUGUUGAGUUAUGGGCACGUUUUUAUUGGUGCUUUCAAAUCAAACUUCGCUUAGUGUACCUUUAACUCUGAGUACAGUAAGGGCUUGCUUCAGUAACAUUUUCAGCACAUGCAAACCUAAUUCCUGCUGGAUAAAUGGAGAACUUGACACAACCCAUCUUAGCACUAAAGAUAAGCAUGUGCUGAAAUCUAAAGAUACUAAAAACUGCAGUCUUGCUGGAAAAAUGAUUGUAGGCGAGUUUCCUGGUGACCUUUGUGCCGUUUCAGACUCAGAAAGGGGUUUGUGGCUGGUUGAUGUUGAGCCAUAGAGCAGCAUUACAGACACACUAUCAUCUCAGCAACGGAGUAGACAUCAUGACUCUCAAUACUGUGAGACAGUAGUCUGGCCAUCCGCAUCUCAUGUAAUGACCACUACCUUUACACUGCGACCCAACCUUCCUGCAUUGAUUUACGAACCGGAAGAGGUUAGUAGCUGGAUUUAAAUCUCAUUUUCAUCGUGGGUCUUUCUGUCGACUUAAAAAGGCAAUAGAUCCUUCUUUUUUUUUUGUGGAGACAAUAAGUUCUCUUUUAAACUUCUGUAAAUUCCUGAACUCCACUGAUGUCAGUCAGCAAUCGAGCUGAGAAGAGCAUGAGUUUUUAUUUAGGUUCUCGAAUUGUGUAUUGUUUUUCUUCCUUUGGCUUUUUCGUACACGAAACCGAAUACAAAUAUUGAAGUAUCCCUAUUUCAGAAUACAUAUUUUGUUAAAGAAUUGUACAUAUGGAGAUGUAUUUUUGCACAGGCAUUUUCGUAAAGGAUUUUUGGUACAAUUGAGAUCAUUAUUAUUUAUUUAGUAAAUGGAAAACAUUCUAAGACUAUUAGAAGUGGUUCACUGCCAAGCCGAUAAUGCAAUACGCCACUCUUAUCCAAACACAGCUUCUUGUUGAGUCACAUGUUGAGUUUCCCCUGAAAAGAUUGUAGCCACAGUAGUGGGAAAUCAUAUUUUUUAAAUGUUAACAUUUUUUGUCCCUCCAUGUCAAAUCGAGAGGUCUGAGAAUGUGAUCAAAAUGGCCCAUUCAACUGUGCAAAAAGAUUUCUGGCUGGAUGAUGUACUUUGUCAGACUUUUUAACUGGGAAAGGGGUCCUUUUAUCUUUUGGUCAUUGGAUUUUCACUUUAGAAACAGAUAUUGAAAAACGAGCCGUUCUUUGAUUUUCGUUUUAAACUCAAAAUCGAAUAUUGAAAUAUGAGGUGUUUUUCUUUCAUGAAGGAAAAAAAAACGGAAAAGCAAAAUUCAAAAAUUUGAUUUUCAUUUUUUAUUUCGACUAACAAAAAAAAAUCCCCAAUAAACAAAAACGAAUAAAGGCUUGUUUUUUUAUAUUCUGAAACCAGCAGACUCAUUAACAGUGAUGCUGCCACACACAGGCUAGCCUACUAUAGGCCAUUCUUUUUUUUUUCACCUAUUAAUGUUAUAAAAGGUAUUUUCUUGUGAUAACGGGAUUUUGUUACAACACAUUGUCCUCAUUAAAGCUGGUUAUAUAUAUAAUAUUGUAUAAUAUAAAGUUUAAAAUCACUUCCACUUCAGGAGUGACAGUAACAUUGGACAUUCAUUUGGAAUCAUUGCACACAUUUUAACAAGUCAUCUCUCCACGUUAUAGUUCGAAAUCAAAAUAAACUAUUCAUUUAACCUGAAAGGCGUUCAGCCUGUUUCAAAAACAAAGCGUACUGUCGGACGACAUUUCAAAAAGUUUGCUACAGUUGAUAAUGAGCUAUAAAAACACUGUUGUGUGCAUCUUCACCCAAAAUACAGCCUAUUCUAUUGCAUAAUAUAAUAUAUAAUCUAUAAUAUAAUCAUAUAGGCCUUUAUAUACACUAAUCAUAUGUAAAACAUGAAUUGAAAUGAUUAAAAAAUAGCCUACUGCUCUAUAUAGAUAGAUAGAUAGAUAUUUAUCAAUGCCUUAUAACUUUGAGCAUAAGCAGCACUGCAAAAUAGACUGUCAGAACAGCUGGCGCCGAAUAGCUCACAUUUGUGAAUAAACAAUUCAUGAAUUGUGUUCAUUUUAUGAAUUACUGUAUAGCUUUUAAUGUUUUAACUCUCUGGAUGAUGUCCAAUUGUUUAGGCUGCUGCUAUAUUUCCACAUGGCUAGAUGAAAUUAUGGAUAGACACACAAGCUUUAGUGAUGGUCCGCUUUUAAAAGACAUGGGAUGCUGAUCAGGGUGUUUGUAUCCUUGCUUUCAGAUCAAAUUAAUUAAGUUUUAUUUUAAUAUACUAUGACCUAUUGAAAUGUGCGUAACGAACAACUGUAUUAAUGCCUCCCUCACUUGAAAUGAUUCGUGGUCAAACUUCGGGAAGUGGAAGUAUUAUGGUUUUAACAAUAUUAAAACUUUCUUUUCAGAAAAGGGUUCAGUAAAGCAACGUAAUGCUUGCAUGUAACGUCAAAAUAAAAGGUUGUUUCAUUUAAAACAUGCUAACAAAAAAAAAAAAAAUAUAUAUAUAUAUAU